GCCCCCGCCGGAAGAGGCGGUGCCGGGCAGCCAAUGGCCGUGCGGGGGCGCGAUGGCGGCGGUGGGGCUGCUGUGCCGGUUGUGGCGGUUGGCGCUGGGCGGCUGGGCGAGCUGCCGCCCGGCUCCGCCGCGCCGAGGGACAGCGCUGCCCGGCGGCUCGCCGCGCCCGGCCGCCUCCGCCUCCUCUUCGCGGCCGGGGCAGACGGAGAGCGAGCCCGGCGAGGGACGGGUCUACCUCAGCGCCAGCUGCGUGCAGAGGCUGCUGGAGGUGGCGGAGGGCGCCGAGUUCCUGCGGCUGCAGGUGGAGGGAGGCGGCUGCUCCGGGUUCCAGUACAAGUUCUCCCUGGACACGGUCAUCAACCCCGACGACAGGGUGUUUGAACAAGGGGGUGCCCGCGUGGUCGUGGACGUGGACAGCCUGGCCUUUGUGAAGGGCUCCAUGGUGGACUUCAGCCAGGAGCUGAUCCGCAGCUCAUUCCAGGUGGUGAGCAACCCCCAGGCCGAGAAGGGCUGCUCGUGCGGGACUUCCUUCUCUAUCAAGUUCUGACCAGACUUCAUGUGGAGGGAUGCUGUCUGCAGCCCCCGGAGGGGUUUUGCUUGUUCUUCUCCCAGCUGCUCCCUCUCAUCUCUCUCACCCUGUAACACAGGCUGCUGCAGAUGACUCCAGCAGUGUGUGUCUGCCCUGAGCAUAUCUCAAAGACCUGUUUGCCUCCCCUUCAGAAACAUGAAGUAGCUGUGAGCAUGCACACAGGAGCAUCUUGUGAGCCACCGGCCAGGUGGUGCUGACUCUCUUACCAUGUCCUGAACGUGGAACCACCUGUCUCUGCAAGAGCUGGCUGUAUAUAUGUGUGUUUAUUGAAAGCUCUUACUAAAAAAAAAAAAAAAAUUCUUCAAA